AUGGAUGAAGGCGAGUACGGCGGCCCCGGCAUCCUCAGCGGGGGCGGCGGAGGCGGCGGAGGAGGCGGCGGUGGUGGAGACUCCCCUCCCCAUGAACUCUUUGUGCCUGACGAGCCCGGAAAUCGCUCAACUCCCGGCUGCCCGAGAGCCACAACCACGCCACAACCUCUGCUCUGCUCGGUUUCCGAGACGGCCACGCUGGUCUCAGCGUACCCUGAUGACAACCUGUGCGACAUCAUUAUGUACACGCACGUUCGCGUGGGCAAGAACCAAAUUGUGGCCAUUGACGACAUGGAUAGCUACACGACGUUCACCACAGUCUGCGUAUUACAGUACUCAAAGACAACCUGUGGAAUUUCAUUUGACGCGCGCUUUGUCCAGGCCUCGCAGUUCACGAGCGAGAUAUCGCAGGAGCUCGCUCAUCUACGGCAGCAGAACGUCGUGCAUUUGGGCAUCCUCAACAUGUACGACUAUGCCAACAGAGUCGUGGGCAUGUCACACUACGUAGAGACUGCUCUCGAUGUAAGACACCUUUGA